GAACCCGGAGAUUCCGGAAGGGAGGAAUCCCAGAGAACAGCGUUUCUGCUGUGUAAGCAGUGGACCUUAUAUAGUGUGACCCCUCUGUACAAGUUUUCCAGCGCCCUCCUGAAGGAUUACGCCAAGCUGCUCAGUGCUUCUAUUGCUGCCGAGAAGCAGAAAGGGUUGGCGGUGGAAGUAGGGGUGGAGCUGGACAUCAAAGCGGUGAUAUCCAUCCUUCCCGACCUGAGACACAGCGACCGAGACCAGGCUGCGAUUCUUGUGCAGCUUUCUACAAGAUCAAGUUUUUCCAAGAAAAACUCAGCAGAGAAACUGAUAUGGUCGGGCUGGUUCUGCUGUGUGUCUGAAGAUGAUCUUUCUGAGAAUCUGCUAGAGGACUUCACUUGUUUACCUUUGUUUCUUGCUAAUGGGGCAGAGACUUACACAUCCAUUGUGGGAAGUUGGUUUCAGAAGACUUUCGACUGCUGCUUCCGCCGUUUAACCAUCAGCCCUCUCAAUCUCAGCUGGAUGGCAGCUAUGUGGACCGGAUGCAAAGUGGACAAAACCACAUCUGCCACAGAACUUGUUUUUUCUGUCUCCUGCCUGCCCUAUCCUCUGGAUAUUUCAUAUGCCAUUCAUACAGAGGAUGCAAAAGCUCUGUGGGACACAGUCCAAAAAACUCCAGGAGAGAUCACUCAAGAAGAGGUGGAUAUCUUCAUGGACUGCCUUUACUCUCACUUCCACAGACACUUUAAGAUCCACUUGUCAACUAUGAGACUGGUGAAAGUUUCUACAGCCAUUGCCUCAGCACACUGUGAUGGGUCUGUAAAGUUUCUACAAAGCCAAUACCUAACUGGAGUGCUGAUGCUACUGACAGAACUAGCACUCUCUCAGAUACAGUGA